AGUUCCCCGCGCUCCUGGCCUCUGCAUUGCCCGCCGCCAGUGGUCUGCACUUGGAGGGUCCUGCCACCAGUUCGAGGAGCACGUCCUCCACCUGACCAUGGCCGAGGAUCUGAUUCUAGAGAGAUGCGACCUGGAGCUGGAGGCCAAUGGCCGUGACCACCACACAGCUGACCUGUGCCGGGAGAGGCUGGUGGUCCGGCGGGGCCAGGCCUUCCGGCUGACGCUGCACUUCGAGGGCCGAAACUACGAGCCCAGUGUGGACAGGCUCACCUUCAGUGCCGUGACUGGCCCAGCCCCCAGCGAGGAGGCCGGGACCAAGGCCCGCUUCGGGCUGUCUGAUGCUGCGGAGGAGGGUGCCUGGAGAGCCGAGGUGGUGGACCAGCAGGACAACACCCUCUCGCUGCAGCUCAGCACCCCGGCCAGCGCCCCCAUUGGCCUGUACCGCCUCAACCUGGAGGCCUCCACCGGCUACGAGGGCUCCAGCUUCCUUCUGGGUCACUUCACCCUGCUCUUCAACGCUUGGUGCCCAGCGGACGACGUGUACCUGGACUCAGAUGAGGAGCGGCAGGAGUAUGUUCUCACCCAGCAGGGCUUCGUCUACCAGGGCUCGGCCAAGUUCAUCAAGAGCAUACCAUGGAAUUUUGGGCAGUUUGAAGACGGGAUCCUGGACAUCUGCCUGAUGCUCCUGGACGUCAACCCCAAGUUCAUGAGGGACGCCGGCCGUGACUGCUCCCGCCGAAGCAGCCCGGUCUAUGUGGGCCGGGUGGUGAGUGGCAUGGUCAACUGCAAUGAUGACCAGGGUGUCCUGCUGGGACGCUGGGACAACAACUACGAGGAUGGCGUCAGCCCCAUGUUCUGGAUCGGCAGCGUGGACAUCCUGCGGCGCUGGAAGAACCACGGCUGCCAGCGUGUCAAGUACGGCCAGUGCUGGGUCUUUGCUGCUGUGGCCUGUACCGUGCUGCGGUGCCUCGGCAUCCCCACCCGCGUGGUGACCAACUAUAACUCGGCCCACGACCAGAACAGCAACCUGCUCAUCGAGUACUUCCGCAACGAGUUUGGGGAGAUCCAGAGUGACAAGAGCGAGAUGAUCUGGAACUUCCACUGCUGGGUGGAGUCGUGGAUGACCAGGCCAGACCUGCAGCCGGGCUACGAGGGGUGGCAGGCACUCGACCCCACACCCCAGGAGAAGAGUGAAGGGACGUACUGCUGUGGCCCGGUUCCUGUUCGUGCCAUCAAGGAGGGCGACCUGAGCACCAAGUACGACGCCCCUUUCGUCUUUGCCGAGGUCAACGCCGACGUAGUGGACUGGAUCCGGCAGGACGAUGGGUCCGUGCACAAGUCCAUCAACCGCUCCCUGGUUGUGGGGCUGAAGAUCAGCACAAAGAGCGUGGGCAGAGAUGAGCGGGAGGACAUCACCCACACCUACAAGUACCCCGAGGGGUCCCCAGAAGAGAGGGAGGCCUUCACGAAGGCCAACCACUUGAACAAACUGGCUGAUAAAGAGGAGUCAGAGGUGGCCAUGCGGAUCCGUGUGGGGGAGGGCAUGAACAUGGGCAGCGACUUCGAUGUCUUUGCCCACAUCACCAAUAACACCGCCGAGGAGCACACCGGCCGCCUCCUGCUCUGCGCCCGCACUGUCAGCUACAACGGUGUCCUGGGACCUGAGUGUGGCACCAAGGACCUGUUCAACUUCUCCCUGGAGCCCUACUCCGAGAAGAGCGUUCCCCUUCGCAUCCUCUACGAAAAGUACUGUGACUGCCUGACCGAAUCCAACCUCAUCAAGGUGCGGGGCCUCCUCAUUGAGCCGGCUGCCAACAGCUACCUGCUGGCCGAGAGGGAUAUCUACCUGGAGAAUCCAGAAAUCAAGAUCCGGAUCCUGGGAGAGCCCAAGCAGAACCGCAAGCUGGUGGCUGAGGUGUCUCUGCGGAAUCCGCUCACCACGCCACUGUCAGGCUGCACCUUCACCGUGGAGGGGGCGGGCCUGACCGAGGAGCAGAAGACCGUGGAGAUCCCGGACCCCGUGGGGGCGGGGGAGGAAGUCAAGGUGAGGGUGGACCUACUGCCCCUGCUCGUGGGCCGCCACAAGCUGGUGGUGAACUUCAACAGCAACAGGCUGAAGGCCGUGAAGGGCUUCAGGAACGUCAUCGUCGGCCCCUCCUAAGGGGUCCCCGUGCCAGCCUCACCUCCGCCAGCCGAGGGCCCCCACCUUGACCCCAAUCUUUAUCCCAAGCCAAUGAGCAACCUUUGUGCCUUCUCGGGCCCCACACCCCAGGGCAGGGCUGGGCUGCCUUUGUGGGGGGCGGGGGGGUAUCUGGACUCGAAUGUACUUCUGGCCAUCUUGUCCCCCUGAGCCUGGCUCCGCAGCCCCCUCACCUAUGAGGACUAUUCUGUGCCUCCACCGCCAGAGCCCUGAUCUUGGCUGACUGGGCCUGGGAGUGGACCUCCUGCCUCCCUUCCCAGCCCAGAUGCCAUUUGGAAAACCACUGACACCCGCCAUAUUGUUUGAUCUACUCCAGAGCCCCUUGGAGCAGCCAAAAAACAAAGUGUGCCACCCCCAAAAAAGUGUGCCCAAUGACCAGAUCAAGGAACUCAACUCCCUGGCGUGUCCUGAACCCCUUCCCCAGCUUGUGCCCAGGCUCCGGGGGCCCUUGGCAGAGCCAAACACGUGCAGAUGGGGAGGGUCCCAGGAAUAGGCCAGACCCAGGAUCCCCCCACAUCCUAGCAGCCCUGGCCCAAUAGUACCCACCCCCCAUCCCCUCCACAGUUGUGAGGCACCUACUGAGUGCCAGGCACUUCCUGGGCUCUGGUGUUCACAUGGCCGCCAACCCAUUUAAUCGCCAUGGGAAACAGCAGAGUGGGAACUGCUUUCCCGAUGAGGAGACUGCAGCUUGGAGAAGCGAGGCGGCCCACUCUGCACUCGUGGGCUCCUGGAUUUUGCAAGGCUGGGUAUGUAAAGGUGCAGGAAUGGAGCCCGGGCCUUCUGACUCUGAGUCCGGCACCUUGUCACGAUGCCAGCCUGACCUGACUCAUGUCAGAGAGGCCAUCUGGGACCUGAUCGAGAAAGGAUCCAGCUGGGGCAAGAAGGCAGGGAGGGAAUCAGAGGGAUCAGAGCCCUGAGUUUGAGUCCCAAGUCUGGCCUUCCCCUCUCUGGGCCUCAGUUUCCUCCUGGUCACAGGAGAAGCUGGACCAGCUCAUCUCUAAGGCCUUCUCGGCUCUGCACUCCGGUGCCUUAAAUGCUCCAGCCUUGCCAGUGACAGUGAGUCCGACUCCCUGGAUUCCCAGAGCCUUGGGUCACAGGCCCAGGGUGUUUCAGAGUACAUGACCAUGACCACCUUCCUGCCCCCAGUAUCGCCUAAGUCCCCCGCUUUUGCCCAGGCACCUCCCUUCAGAGCCCAGUUCUAGGGAGAAAGAGCCCCAGAGGCCCCUGUCUUCCCUGCAAGCCUACCCACCGCAAUGCCUAGAUGUCACGAGAGCCUUAGCUGCCAGCUAGGUUGGCAUCUCAGCCACUGUCUCUUUGAAGCGCCAGGGCCCUGGAGCACAGCCCUUGUCCCUGGUUAACCUCGGGGCCCGCCCAAGUUGCCACCUCUUACUUUAUCCUGCCUUCUCUCUGUACGAUUGGGCCUCCCUCAACCUGGAAGAGGGAAGAGCGGGGACAGGAUUCUAUAGCUGGGGUGGGGUCACAGCCUCCAGGACCUCCCAAAUCCCAGAGAGGGACUUGGGGAAAGUCACGCUGAUGCACUUACGACUUUCUGCUUUGCACAGGAAGAAGCACAAAAUGAGCCGACAUGUAUAUGUUCUAUAUAAAUAUUGCUCUAUUUCUCCAUGGUUUUAUAAACACGUUGGGGUUCCAAGCAAGCAGUAGAUGUGCUUUUGAGGAGCGAGCACUGAAAUAAAAGAGUUUAUUUUUCACAUUUAAA